GGUUGUGUGUUUCAGCUGCGACCGCAACUGCUCGCUACCUUUCGGUCCGCUACACCUGCCGCGCCCGCCCGGGGUCUCUGGUCCGCGCGCCCACAGCCAUGGGCACCCGCGGGUCCCCAGUCCUCCGGGCGAGGCUCCCUCCGCCGCCGCUGCUGCCGCUGCUGCUGCUGCUGCCGGUGGCCAGUGCCUCAGACGCUGAGCACCGUCUGUUUGAGCGGCUGUUUGAAGGUUACAACGAGAUCAUCCGACCUGUGGCCAAUGUGUCUGAUCCUGUCAUCAUCCAGUUUGAAGUAUCCAUGUCUCAACUGGUGAAGGUGGAUGAAGUAAACCAGAUCAUGGAGACGAACUUGUGGCUCAAGCAAAUCUGGAACGACUACAAGCUGAAGUGGAACCCUUCUGACUACGAUGGGGCUGAGUUCAUGCGUGUUCCUGCGCAGAAGAUCUGGAAGCCAGACAUUGUGCUCUACAACAAUGCAGUUGGAGACUUCCAGGUGGAUGACAAGACCAAAGCUUUACUCAAGUACACAGGGGAAGUGACUUGGAUUCCUCCAGCCAUUUUUAAGAGCUCAUGCAAAAUCGAUGUGACUUAUUUCCCAUUUGACUAUCAAAACUGCACCAUGAAGUUUGGCUCCUGGUCCUAUGACAAGGCAAAAAUUGAUCUGGUCUUGAUAGGCUCCUCCAUGAACCUCAAGGAUUACUGGGAGAGUGGUGAGUGGGCCAUCAUCAAAGCCCCUGGCUACAAACACGAUAUCAAAUACAACUGCUGUGAGGAGAUCUACACCGACAUCACAUACUCGCUGUACAUCCGGCGUCUGCCCUUGUUCUACACCAUCAACCUCAUCAUCCCCUGCCUGCUCAUCUCCUUCUUGACUGUGCUGGUUUUCUACCUGCCCUCAGACUGUGGUGAGAAAGUGACCCUCUGCAUCUCGGUUCUCCUCUCCCUGACUGUGUUCCUCCUGGUGAUCACUGAGACCAUCCCGUCCACCUCGUUCGUGAUUCCCCUAAUCGGUGAGUACCUCCUAUUCACCAUGAUUUUUGUAACCUUGUCCAUAGUCAUCACUGUCUUUGUGCUCAACGUGCACUACCGAACCCCGACCACACACACGAUGCCCAUGUGGGUGAAGACAGUGUUCUUGAGCUUGCUUCCCAGGGUUAUGUUCAUGACCAGGCCAGCCAAUAACGAGGGCUGCACUCAGAAGCCGAGACCCCUCUACAGCUCUGAGCUCUCCAAUCUGAAUUGCUUCAGCCGCACAGAGACCAAAGCCUGCAAGGCAGGCUAUCCAUGCCAGGAUGGGAUGUGUGGCUACUGCCACCACCGCAGAAUAAAAAUCUCAAAUUUCAGUGCCAAUCUCACAAGAAGUUCCAGUUCAGAAUCUGUGGAUGCUGCUGUGCUGUCCCUCUCUGCUUUGUCACCAGAAAUCAAAGAAGCUAUCCAGAGUGUCAAGUAUAUUGCUGAAAACAUGAAAGCACAAGAUGAAGCCAAAGAGAUUCAAGACGACUGGAAAUAUGUUGCCAUGGUUAUUGAUCGUAUUUUUCUGUGGGUUUUCAUCCUGGUGUGCAUUUUGGGGACAACAGGACUGUUUCUGCAACCUUUAAUGGCCAGAGAUGAUGCAUAAGCACUUAAUGAAAUCACUACCACACCUGAUGUCAUGAAGAUCAUCAAGUUUGGGGCGCUUUUUUUUUGCAUUUUAAGGUUUACUUAUUUUCCAGCUGUUUGAUUUCUGUCAAAAUAGAUUCAUGCAAGAAAAUUUCAAGAGUGUUUAUCAUGGAUAAAUGAACAUUUAACUAGCCUUUUUGGUAAGGUGAAAACAGACAAAAAAUAAUUUUUCUAUUGUGAUUAGUGUUAUGAAAAGCAGUAUGUAAAAAUGGGCUAAAUAUGAAAACUGUUUCUUGUUUUUCAGUGAUUGAAUAGCUGGAUAGAAAAACUUGCUUCUCAGAAAUGUGAACAUCCCUUUGGUUCAGUAUCACAACAUUUUUCCCAACAGGUUUUCAUAUUUAGUCAAAAAUUUCCUUGAAGCUAUAUUAUAUUUCUGCAAUACUUCAUUACCACCAUUUUUCCAUGUAAUUCUUGUUCUUUACCAUUUUUUUUCAAGAGUCUAUAGACCCAUGCCUAUUUCGCAAAUAUUUAUUUCACAUAAUUCUAAAUUAUUAUACAAUCAGAAAUUAUGCCUAAUCACAUACUGAUUUCUCAUGAACCUCUAGAAUAAGGUUUCUCAAGCUUAGCACUACUAGCAUUUUGGUCUGGAUUGAUAAUUAUGUGUUGGGGGAAUUUUGAAACACUGGCCUCUACCCACUGUAUACCGACAGCACUGUCAAUAUGAAAAGCAAGAAUGUCUCUAAAAAUUGUUAAAUGUUCCCCAAGGAAUGAAACAGUCCCUUGUUGAGAACCAGUGCUUUAGGAAAUUUUUCAAGAAGAGAGUGUCCCAUACUACACCGCUGAGUCUGAAUAACCACUGGCAAGGGGCAAUUCAGAGAGACUGUUUUAAUCUUCUCAUUAUUUUUCCUAUGCAAAAAUAAAGCUAAUAAAAUUGCAGCACACUUUAAGUCAUGUUUCAUUAAGUCAAAAGAAAGAUUUAAAUAAAAAUUAUUCACAUAUAAAAAGUUUAGCAGUAAUGGAGAUAUAAGAAGGAUGGGGGAAUAUAUACAUGCUAAA